AUGGCGUUCACCCUCCGGUGGCAACAGCCCCAGCCUCAGGGUGUGGACCUCAAAGAGGAGGACCCACCGCCAGAGAUCAGACAGGACAAGAAAUUGUGGAAGCUGAUGAAGCGUGGCUUUAAGCAGCCCCCACAGAUGGACGACAAAGACGAAAGGAACAUGGCCAACUUCCGCGACGAGGUGUUACGAGCUUACGACAGACACACACCCUCUAAGCCCAAUCUGACGCAGGAGGAGCGGGUGGAGCUGAAGCGACUUCGCACAGACCAAGAAACCAUCAUCAAACCAUCGGAUAAAAGUAAAAAACUCGUUGCUAUGAGACAGGAGCUGUAUUUGCAGAAAGCAGAAGACAUAUUAUCGAACAUGACCAUGUAUGAGAAAGUAGAUUUGACCAUAGAGUCCUACGAGACCAAGACACGAGAAGUAAUACUGUCAGAGUGCAAGAACAUGGAUUCAAAACUCCUAAAGUCAAUCCUACCAAGCAGUACGAAGUUCCCCGAGUGGUACGGUCUUCCAAAGGACCAUAAGCAGAACUUACCAUUGCGACCCGUGGUAGCAGCGUGCGACAGCCCAACGACUGGAGUAUCUAUUGUAUUGGAGCGCAUCCUACAGCAGCUCAUUCAAUUUGUCCCGGCCCACCUGGCUAACACGACGGAAGCAAUAACCCACAUCUGUGACGCAUGUCCGGGAUUGAACGCCCCCGAUGGCACCAUUGUUAUGUCCAUGGAUGUAGUCGGGUUAUAUCUGAGCAUACCUAUUCGGGAGGGCGUUCAGGCAGUGGUGGAUAUGCUGCAGCAGUAUUCCCAGCGGAUCGACAUGUUUGGGCUGAGUGUGAGCGGGGUACGGAAUCUGCUGCUGUUUGUUCUCAGCCACAACUAUUUCAGAUUCGGCCAUCAGAUCUAUCACCAAGUGGACGGGGUUGCAAUGGGUAACAAUCUUGCACCCCCAUUUGCGAUUCUAUUCAUGCAUACGGUUGAGGCCAGGCUUCUGCAGGAUUCUCCGUUAGUGCCGCUCCUCUACAAACGCUACAUCGACGAUAUCCUGCUGCUAUGGACCCACGGCAGAGAGAGCUUGAUGCGGUUUGAGCAGCAUUUCAACUCUGCACACCCAAGUAUCAACUUCACAUAUGAGCUCAGCGAGUAUUGA